AUGAUUAGCGAACAGGCCAGGCCGACAGGGCUCAUGAUGGGAAAGGCCAUGCUCCGCGUGUGCCAGAAGACCAGGCUAUGUACCUUCAAUCAGGUCGGGCUGUGCAACCGGGGCAGCGAGUGUACGUUCGCACACGGCAAGGACGAGCUCCGGCCCGUCCCGGACCUCUUCAAGACGAAGAUGUGCCCGGCGGUCGUGCGAAGAGAGCGGUGCGAGGACACGAUGUGCACCUACGCGCACGACAAGACCGAGCUCCGCCGCACGGGCAAGGCCAGCGUGCAGGCCAAGCCCGAGGUGCAGGCGCACGCCGCGCUGGAGCCGCUGGUGGUCCUGGCGCCGGUCCUCGCCGCGCAGUGGCAGCAGGCUCCGCAGGAGGACAGCAAGAAGCAACGCCGGAAGAGCAAGCAGUCCUCCACGGAGUUCGCCCCCGCCGUCGCUGGUGGCGCCAGUGCUGAUCUUUCUCAGUGGCUGCCUCCGCCGCCGCUGGCUGGAGUCACUGGCGCAGGCCCCGCCGCGGCGCAGCCGGCGCCGCCGCAGGCGCCGGCGCCGUCGCCGGCGCAGGGGCAGGAUGCUGCCGCGAACUCCGCAGGCACCGCCACGGCCUCGGCGUCUCAGCUGAAGAACAAGUUCCACAAGACCAAAAUGUGCUACUACUUCAUGCACGGCCUGUGCAACAAGAAGCGCUCCAGGUGUAGCUUCGCGCAUAGCGAGCAGGAGAUGCGCCCCCUGCCCGAUCUCUUCUGCACGAAGCUGUGCCCGAAGGUCGUCGAGGGAGAGCAGUGCUGGGACCUCGACUGCAAGUUCGCACACUCCGAGCAGGAGCUGCGCAGCGACGAGAAGGAGCACGAGAACACGGUGGAGCAGGACGAGCAGGGGAGCCAGGCCGCCCAGCGCAUGGAGAUGGACUUCGACACGUUCACGUGGGUUCGCCACCGAACG